AUGGCGGCGUCCUCGGAAAUGAUAGAGAUUCUUGGCGGGAUGAACUCAUUUUCUGACGUCCCGGUAACUUUGUGGGUUGCGGGGGUUGGGGGUGCGAAAGUUCUCGAAGGAACAACUGGGGGUGCUGAUUUCCUGGAAAAAUAUCAUUGCUGCAGCGAAAGUGAAGUGAAGGAUGUCCGCGCUCAUCAAUCUGGCAAAUUUGCGGCAAUAAUUCCGACCAGUGGCAUCAAUUUGAAGCUGUGUCGAAUUGAUGAAACUUCCACUAUUCCUACAGUGGACGAUUUCACCAGUGUUGAACUCUCCGACAUGAGAGCAAGUUACAUGGAACCUAAUCUUGUUGGGGCUUCUUUCACUUCGGGUUACGUGUGUAUUUGGGACCUAUUCGCCAAGAAACGUGUUUUGAAAUUGAAAGCCGAUUCACAAAAACACGGUCCUCGGAAGUUCUCUUUCAACCCCGAGUCCAACAUUCUUUGCGCAAGUAGCAGCCACCAUUCGUCAGUUCAAGUCAUUGGGCUUGAUGUUGGGAAGGUGAUUGCUAGGAUCAAGUGCGGUGAACCUGUGUCAACAAUUUCCUUUACUCCACUGAAAUCUCAAGCCAAGUGGACAUUUGCUGAUGCUCUUCCUGGACAAGUGAAUGCUGUAGAUCUUCUUCCAUUUUCUGUUUUUGCAAGCAGUCAAAAAGAAGCGCAUAUUUCAACUCCACAACGCAUCAGCUUUCAGGAAUCUUCGGCAAGGAUUCGAGAUCGGUCAAGUUCAAAGGAAAAUUCUCCGCCAGUUAGAAGUGUUACACCACUGAAAGAAGUUUCCAAAAGUCCUGUUGUCACUGUGAACAGUCCUACUUGUUUACCCAUUUUAAGCACUGUGGACAUAAUGAAACACCAUACCCCAUAUCGGAAUGCAUCAGUUGUGCAGGAUGAGUCAAUUGAGGAAGCUGCUGUUCCUUCUCCAGAAAAGCCACAAGAAGCCUCAUUGGAUCUCGGAGCAAUUAAAAGCAUUGUGCACGAGUGUUUGGCAGAAUAUUUUGCUUCAAGAACUGAGCAACAACCAUCGGGGAUUGGUAACGAAGACACAAUGCUUGCAUUUGAAGAAAUCGUUGCAAGAACUGUCUUUCUACAAUUGCGCAGUCAUUCGAAAUCUAUGGAGCGUAUGAUUGCUCAGUUGAAGCAGGAUUCUGAACAACAGAUGAGCAGAUUGGAGGAUGGGAUACAACGUCAAUUGCGCUUGUUGCGAGAAGAGAUCAAAAGCAGCGCAAGAGCUGAUGCCCUAUCCCACUGGAUGUCUUGAAAUUUGUUUUUUAAUUGCAAGUAUUUUUAACUAAUGGUCUAAAAUUGUGAUUGUUUCUACCAAUAAAUUCAUUUGCUUUGGAA